AGCAAAAUCAGUCUUUCUUCUUUCUAUCUUCACUUUCUUUCAAUUUGGCUGUGCCAAACCUUCAUUCUUUCUAACAAAACCACCGAAGCUCGAACUUUUUACUUCCGCGACUUCUCGCUUCGUCCAAUCCUUUACCAACAUCAACUCAAACAUAUAACUAUCUAUCAAGAUGCGUUUCUCCGCUUCCGCUGCUGCUCUGGCCAUGGCCACCACCGUCUCUGCCCACGCUCAGGUCUACGGCCUCUGGGUCAACGGUAAGGACCAGGGUGAUGGACGCAACGUCUACAUCCGAUCUCCCGCCAGCAACUCUCCCGUCAAGGACCUCACCAGCCCCGACCUCGUCUGCAACGUCAACGGUGCCAAGGCUGCUCCCAAGUUCGUCAAGGCUGCUUCUGGUGACGAGCUCACCUUCGAGUGGUAUCACGACAACCGUGGCGAUGAUAUCAUUGACGGAUCCCACAAGGGUCCCAUCAUCACCUACAUUGCUCCCUACACCGAGACCGACGGUACUGGUGCUAUCUGGACCAAGAUCGCUGAGGACGGUUACGAUGGCAGUGAGUGGGCUGUUGACAAGCUCAUCAAGGCCAAGGGCAAGUCCACCUUCACUCUUCCCUCUGCUCUGAAGGCUGGCAAGUACAUUGUCCGCCAGGAGAUCAUUGCUCACCACGAGUCCGACGUUGCCUACGCCUCCAACCCCGCCCGUGGUGCUCAGUUCUACCCCUCUUGCGCUCAGGUUGAGGUCACUGGCUCCGGCACCGCUGUCCCUGAUGAGAAGUUCGACUUCAACAAGGGCUACACCUCCACUGACAAGGGCAUUGUCUUCAACCUCUACGGUUCUUACACCACCUACGACAUCCCCGGCCCUGCUGUCUGGAAGGGCACCUCUUCUGGUUCUGGCUCUGGUUCCGACUCUGGCUCUGCUCCCGAGACCCCUGCUGCCACUUCCGCCGCCGCUGAGGCUCCCGCCGCUACCUCCGCUGCUGCUGAGGCCCCUGUUGCUACCCAGCCCGCUGGUGGCAACGCUGGCUCCGAGACUCAGGCUCCCGCCCCUACUCCUACCUUCGCCACCGUUGUCCGACCUUCCGAGGGUGCUUCUGCUCCCACUGAGGCUCCUUCUGCUCCCGUCACUCCCCCCAAGACCGGCUGCUCUUCCAAGCGCCGCCGUGCUCGCCGCGCUGCCCGCCGAUCCCUGUAAAGAGCUCGAAAGAGUUAUGAGCAGUGGGGAGUGAGCAACAUGCGAUACGUCCGUGACGUGUUCAUGUACUUCUUUGCCAGCAAAAAAACGGAUUUGCUUCUCCCUAGUGGAGGGCGAUGAAACUGCAUCUUUGCAGAUGGCUUUCUGUUUGUAGAUAGAUUGUGCUCUGGCUUUUCAGUUGCAUAUCUUGUAUAAAUUUUAUUACGACGAUUGAUCUAA